AUGUCAGCCAAUCUGGGACGCCGGCUGUAUGCCCAUAUCUGGGAAACAGCAAAUCCAUUCUUCGGGCGCAUACGAACCAACCGCAGCGAUGCCAGCUCGACUUUACUUGACGGGCUCCUGGCCAAUAAUUCACGACGGAUCUCGACCCUAAGGAAGCCGACACACCUGACCAGAAGAUUCGCAUCUGGAGGCUUUUUCAUUAUCGGUGUCUCGCCCACCUCGACCGCAGCGGAAUCGACUUCAGCAUGCAUCACUCCACCCCGAAAGAUUGCCACUCCAUAUAUUUGGAAACGACUCGUACACGCCUCUCAUGAUGACCGACACGGAAAAGACGCUGCUCAACCAACUCAAGCACGCAAUGAAGGCGACCACCCUUCAAAAGACAGAGAAUCUGGUAGAGACACUUCCGCACACCAGACCGUUCCGAACAAGCCCCAGGAGACCCAUUAUUUCACAACGACAAAUCGCCAUUUGAGAGAUCGAUUACCCCAUAUGCCUCACCUCCACCGGCCGACUAAGGAAGAGCUUCUUGCUGCAGCUACUGGGUUCUGGUCACGUUUAAAAGUGCGGUUUAAGUGGUUCUCGAUUAGAAGCGUCCGUCCGUACAACCUGGAUGAGAUUGCCGCUUUGUUCUCCUGGGUGCUGCUGGGUCACAUCGUUUGGGUUGUCGUUGGAACCACGACAUUCUUCUCGCUUCUGAUUCUUGCCAUUAACACGGUCUUUGCUCAAGAAACCUUAGCCGGAUGGGUAGGGAACUACCUCACCAAAUCCUCUGGGGUCAAGGUCGUCUUCGAAUCGGCAAUCGUGCCCAAAUGGAGGAAUGGCGUCAUCACCUUUAAAAACGUCUUUGUCUCAAGACGACCCGGCCAGGGCACAGGCCAUGUCAGCAAAGGCUCCCCCAGGACUGCGGCAGAAGCGGCCGCGGCUCGAGGGGAGCCUGGAUUUAACGACAAUCAAGUCGCUACCGACGAAGAGCAAGAUACUAACUACACCCAGUUCGACCUGUCAAUCGAGACGGUCAAUGUCACGCUUUCAUUUACCAAAUGGCUCAACGGAAAAGGCCCCCUUCAUGAUGUGGAGGUGAAGGGAAUUCGGGGUGUCGUCGACCGCCGGCACGUUUUCUGGCCCGAAGAGGAUUUGGACCCUAAGUCUUAUCGGCAUGAGCACAAUCCAGGCGACUUCGAGAUAGACUCUUUCAAGAUGCAUGACCUGCUGGUCACCAUCUAUCAACCCGACAACUUCCGACCCUUCUCUGUCAGCAUCUUCUCGUGCGAUCUGCCCCAACUACGCAAGCAAUGGCUCUUCUAUGAUUUCCUCUCCGCCAACAUGAUGUCUGGAUCCUACGAUAACUCUCUCUUCACCAUCCAUGCUCGUCAAACCCAUGGCUUUGGGAACUCUCGGUUGGAUCGCGGGGCCGAAGAAGACGGCACAUCUAACCCGUGGAAGAAACACAACAGAAUCCGAGUGGACGGGCUCAGUAUCGACCAUCUCAACCGCGGCGUUCAGGGACCUUUCUCCUGGAUCCACGAGGGAACUGUGGAUAUUGUGGCAGAUAUCAUGUUGCCUUCCGAGAAUGAUGAGAGCCUGGCCAAAGUGAUGGCUGAUUUCUACGAUCGGUUGGAAGCCACCGUCACCUCCAACCGAUACCCGGAGCCCUUAUCGCCCGAUUCCAACUCGGAAUCUGAGACCGAAGACCGCCGUUUCCUAGUGAUGGAUCUUCGCGUACAUCUGAACAACGUCCGGGCCGUUGUACCCAUCUUCACUCGAGACCUCUCCUACAUAAAUAACGCCCUGAUCCGGCCCAUUGUCGCCUAUAUCAACUCGAAACGCACUUUUAUUCCCAUCAAUUGCCGCCUCGUCAAGCGAGUUGGUGAUUUCAACGGAAGCUGGACCAUCUUCGACAGUAGCUUAAUGGAUGACCUCUCGGCGGCGACCUACGAUGCCUUUGCCCGAGAUGUGGUGGAUGACGAGGCCCGGAAAAGGCGAUUCAAGAAAGUUGGGUUCUGGUCCCUCCAGUUGGCCGCCCAGGCUAUUUUUAUGGGCAUGGCCGGCAACAUGGCUUGA